UUUUUCUUCAAUUUUGGGAUUAAUUCCAGAAAGUGAGCUUCUUUUUGAAGAAAAAUUACAAAAAAAAAAAAGAAAAAAGAAGAAGCUCAAGUCUGGAAAUUUCAUCCCAGAAAACCCAAUUCUGAAACCACCCUUGUUGUCAAUUUCUUUUACACAUUUCCCCGUUAUUCUUUCGUCUUUGCAUUUAUUUUGUGCUUUAAAGUGGUGUAGAACUUGCUUAGAUGUUCUGGAACUCAAAGCUCUGAUUUUUUGGUUCCGAUCUUCCUUAUAUUUUCAGAUCCUCGCUGGUUUUUCUGGUUCGCUUUUUGCAUUAUAAAAUGGUGUCAGCUAAUAAGGAAAUGGUGGUCUAUUGCUUUGACACUUUGGUGGCUCACUACACCAGUGAGCAAGCGCCCCCUCCAGCUUUUGAUGCAGGCCAGUAUCCCUUGUUUGUCACCUGGAAGAAAAUCACUAACGGUGGGGAGCCUCGUCUUCGAGGAUGCAUUGGAACUUUGGAGGCCCGAUGCUUGGUCAAUGGCUUUAAGGAUUAUGCUCUAACGAGCGCACUGAGGGACCGGCGUUUCCCUCCUAUUCAAGCCAGAGAAUUACCCUACUUGGAAUGUACAGUUUCCAUUCUGACUGAUUAUGAAUCUGCUCUCCACUAUCUUGAUUGGGAGGUUGGAAAGCAUGGUCUAAUUAUUGAAUUCAAUGAUUCUGACAACAUAAGACGCAGUGCUACGUAUUUGCCUGAGGUGGCUGCCCAAGAAGGUUGGACAAAGGUUGAGACCAUUGAGUCGCUGAUGCGUAAAGCUGGCUACAACGGCACCAUCACGGAAUCUCUUCGCAAAAGAAUUCGACUCACUCGCUACCAGAGCACGCUCUAUACCAUGCACUUCAGUGAUUAUGCAAGCUAUGUGAAAAAUACUAGGGGAACGGUACCUGCGAUUCUUGGAUCAAAGGCCAUUCAUUGAUCCAAAAGCAGCUUCUGUUACAAAGAAGCUACAUAUUUAUGAAAAACUGAUUUGCAGUUGGGUUAAGGAUUUUGGUCAAGUGCCAUGAUCUGUUCUUUAUUGCUAAUUGCUUUUGUCCUCAUUGGUGUUCAAAUUCCUUUGAAAGAAAGGAUUUGAACUAAAAACACUGUGAUUUAUACUAAAAAAUGGAACUAAAAACACUUUGAUUUAUACUCAAAAGUGGACUUAAAAGCAUGUAUAGACCCAUGCAUUAGUUUUCCAUUGUGAUGGAAAUGAUAGCUGGGAAGAUAUUUAAGAUCGUGUCUAUUGUUGUUAA